AUGGAUUCAAUUCCUAUAUAGUAUUUAAAGGAGGUUUAGAACGAUUCUGUAUUAUUGCGAUUUUUAUAUGCUCAUAAAUUCAUGAAGGAGGAGACAGUUAAUUAUUUUGUUGAUCACUUAGACUGGCUCAAUAAUCCAGAAACAACAAUAAUAGAUGACCUUCCUCAAUACGAUAAAAUCAUAUAAAUUAUAGGUAGGGAUGAAAUGCUAAGACCUGUAUUACACAUAAAUUUAUGUCAACCUUUGGAUAAUUAUUUUAUCAAGGCCAUAACCAACAAAUUAAUAUUGAUGGAAGAUUACAUGUUUGCUCCAAGCAAAGUGGAAAGUUGGAUAAUAAUUAUUGAUAUGAGUUAAUUCAAUCCAAAUGUUUAGAAGGAGUAUAUUGAAUAAGCAGUUAAACAUUUUAUCACAAACUUCCCAAUGUCAUUGGAACAUAUCUAUUUUUUGGAUGCAAGCCAAAUUUUAAGAUAAGUAGGUGAAAAUUUGUUGAGCUAGAAAGAAUUUAAGAUAUUUGAUUUGGAUGACAAAAUUUCUAUUAUGAAUAAAGCUGAAUUUAAGAAGGAUAAGCUAUAGUUGCUAUCUCCUGAAUAUAACACUUUAUUUGUAGUUGAAGACCCAUUAUUUUAAUAGGCAUCUCAAAAGUCUUUAUCUUAAUUAAUUAUCAAUUAACCACAGCCUACAUUAUAUGGCUAAACAUAGAAGGGCUAAUAAAAUGCUGAUCUAAUUGGACCCUUAUAUCCUUUGGUUGUCUAUGCAGUGUCAUAACCUUAACCUUAUGUUCCUGAGAUCCAUGAUAAAGAAUUACAAUGCUACACAAACUAAAAAUAGAUUCCCACCUUCUUUUUAGACACUCAGAAUUAAUUUUGCCAAAAUUAUCAGCCUUUUAAAUAUAAUAAUACAAGUGGGCCUCAAAAUCAAUAGCAGACUGAUCCUAUUCCUUAAUAGUAAACUAACAAAAGAAUUGUAACUCAGUUGCAAUCCCAAAUGACUUUUCAAAAUACAGAAUAUUCUAUGAGAACAAAAUACGAUGACAUUAUUGAUUAGUACAAUUGGAAUAAGUAUGGUAUUGCCUAGUAAUAGCCUAUAGCAGACACAGAGAAAAUAAUAUAUGAUGCAACAUAUCAUGAUUCAUCAUAACAUCAAAUCAAUACACCAUAUAUUUAAUAAACUCCAACGCUACCAGGAACAGAACAAACUAUAAAGAAAUUUGAUAUCCAUAAUAAUCAAGAUAUUCAUUCAACUGGGGGAUUUUUUGAAGAUCCUAUUCUUCCUUAACAUGAUAAUAAUAAUGUUCAGCCUUCUUUUUACAGUGAUCAAAAACACUUGCCAAUCAAACAUUUUGAUUUUGAAAACAACUCUCCAUAAUUAACUUAACCAUAGAGGAAUAUCUAUGCAGAUCCACGAUCUCCACUUGAGAUCGAUCAAUACCCUCCAAUACAUUAGUAAAUAGAAAAAAAAUUUGAUUUUGGUCCAAUUCCAGUAAGACCAUCUGAAUAAUCUUAUACACCAUCUUAUAUAGCUUCAGAUAAACCAUAUGUUCCAGAAAGGAUUUCAGAUAUUCCAACGUAUCAAAACAAUUAUUUAUAACAGCAGCGAUUUCACAAUAUUCCAACAUCAUCUCUACCUCAAACUUCUGGAUAUUCACCUUAUCUGCCAUAAACACCCUUUAGUCCUCUUCCAAGUAGUACUAAUUUAUAUGUUGCUCCAACUUAUCCAUUAACAACUACAAACAAAUCCUACUUAUAUAACUCAACCUAACCUAAAAUAAUCGAAUAAGAUGGAAUCAAAUUUCAGGAUGAAACCAUGGUUAUUGGAGACCCUGACCACAGACCAACCAAAAAUUCAAAUAGAGAUCCUGCACUUGAUUAAUAAUAAUGUUAAAUUUUUUGA